ACUCGGCUUGGUCCUAAGUUUACUAUAAAUGGGUCUCAUUAGGGUUUCCGUCCUGUGAGCGGGGGGUAGCAGAGCCGCGGCAGCCAUGGUUCUUAAAACUGAGCUCUGCCGCUUCAGUGGUGCCAAGAUAUAUCCUGGAAAGGGUAUUCGUUUUGUGCGUUCAGAUUCUCAGGUCUUUCUUUUUUCCAAUUCAAAAUGCAAGAGGUACUUUCACAACCGACUUAAGCCUGCAAAGCUCUGCUGGACAGCAAUGUACCGAAAGCAGCAUAAGAAGGAUAUUCAUGCUGAAGCUGUGAAGAAGAAGCGCCGGACCACAAAAAAGCCUUAUUCUAGGUCUAUUGUUGGUGCUACUCUAGAGGUAAUUCAGAAGAAGAGGUCUGAGAAGCCAGAGGUACGAAAUGCUGCAAGGGAAGCUGCAUUGCGCGAAAUCAAAGAGCGAAUCAAGAAAACUAAAGAUGAGAAGAACGCAAAGAAGGUUGAAUUGGCUGCAAAGACACAGAAGACGCAGACAAGAAGUGCACCAAGAGGUCAAGCUUCGAAAGGACCUAAGCUCGGAGGUGGUGGAGGAAAACGUUGAUUCCUACUCGGUUAUCGAACUGUCCACCGUGCUUCCAAUUUAGUUUAACAGAUCUUGUCAGUGCAACAUUAUUGCAUAUUUUUUUUUCACUAUUAAGCGUGCUAAUUGACCUUAAAAGUUUGAUUUUUGGAUUGGUCGUAUUCAAGGCUUGAAGUUUCAAAGUUCAA